AUGGCGGGUGAUGCUUCAAGGGGGAUUGAUCAGACAGCGACAUGGGCAGUGUCUGUUGUGUGUGCAAUCAUCAUAAUUAUCUCUAUUGCCUUGGAAAAGAUUCUCCACAAAGUUGGAACGUGGUUAACGGAUAGGCAUAAGAAAGCUCUGUAUGAGGCAUUGGAGAAGAUCAAAGCCGAGUUGAUGAUACUCGGUUUCAUCUCGCUAAUCCUCGUGUUCAGUCAAUAUUAUAUUGCUGAUAUCUGCAUACCUACUCAUGUUGCAAAUACCAUGUUGCCUUGUCCUUUAGAAGACGCAAAAGGUAAAGGAAAUGGUGGUCGUCGUAGACUUCUAUGGUAUGAGCGAAGGGUUUUGGCUGGUGAUAAAAAACCCAAGUGCAAGGAGGGCCGCGUAUCGCUUAUAUCAGUUGAUGGACUGCAUCAGAUACACAUUCUUAUAUUCUUUCUAGCAGUUUUCCAUGUAAUUUACAGUGCUAUUACUAUGGCGCUCGGAAGACUGAAGAUUCGUGGCUGGAAGCAAUGGGAAGAGGAGACUUCAUCCCACGACUAUGAGUUUUCAAAUGAUCCUUCAAGAUUCAGGCUAUCUCACGAGACAUCUUUUGUGAGAGCACACACUUCUUUCUGGACCAGGAAUCCGUUAUUCUUCUAUAUUGGAUGCUUUUUCCGUCAAUUUUUUAGGUCUGUUAGCAAAUCUGACUACAUGACCCUUCGCCAUGGCUUUAUCUCUGUCCAUUUAGGAGCGGGAAGCAAAUUUAACUUCCGAAAGUAUAUCAAAAGGUCACUAGAGGAUGACUAUAAAAAGGUCGUGGGAGUCAGUCCAGUAUUGUGGGGGUCAUUUGUGGUAUUCUUGCUCCUGAAUGUUAAGGGGUGGCAGGCAUUGUUUUGGGCAUCCUUAAUUCCUGUAAUUAUAAUCUUAGCUGUCGGCACAAAGCUACAAGCCAUUUUGACAAAGAUGGCCCUUGAGAUUACAGAAAGACAUGCAGUGGUCCGAGGCAUUCCACUUGUGCAAGGCUCGGACGAAUAUUUUUGGUUUGGUCGGCCCCAGUUAGUACUUCAGCUUAUACACUUUGCGCUGUUUCAGAAUGCCUUCCAGAUAACAUAUUUUUUGUGGAGUUGGUUUCUUAUAGCAAAAACUAUCCUAGGGGUGGCAGUCCUAUUCUUAUGCAGCUAUAGUACGCUUCCACUCUAUGCCCUCAUUGCUCAGAUGGGAUCACAUAUGAAGAAAUCUAUCUUUGAUGAAUAUACAUCUAAGGCGCUUAAGAAGUGGCAUAUGACUGUGAAGAAGAAUAAGGGAGGUCGGGUAGGAAGGUCUCCUACUCGAACCCUGGGUGAUGCAAGUCCCACAUCUUCAAUGGGUUCGCCUUUCCACUCAACUGGCGCUUCACUCCAACGUUUCAAAACUACUGGCCACUCAACACGUCAUGUUCAUGAAUACGAUGACCACGAAGUAUCUGACUUAGAGGCAGAUACAUCAUCACGUUUGGCACCGACAUCUAGCUUAAUCCUUAGAGUUGCUCAUAAUGAUGAUACAGAUAACAAUGGAGAAGAAACUAGGAAUGAAGAUGAGUUCUCAUUUGCUAAGACUACUGCCUAA